GAUGUUGAUCCGGCUACUACCAUGAGUAGCAGCGGUUUCAUACCGCCUGCCGUAGAGACUGGUUUGCUCGUCAUACCUCAAAGUAAUGCUGUCAAUACUGUGGAUCCGACAUUAAUGGCACAAGCACAGUUAGCAGCGGCUGCUGCAGCACAGGUUCAAGUCCAAGCUGCUAUUAAUCAGCAGCAUCAGGUGAUAGCCGCCGCUGUUGCGCAGCAAGUUGCUGCUCACAUUGUGAACGCUGCGCCAGUAGCUGCUCCCGUACCUGCCCCUAUUCCUACACCCAUCGCUGCCCCGAUUGCUCCUGCACUCAAUCAAACGCCUAUCUUGGCCCCUGCUCCAGCUACAUCGUUGCUUCUGACUCCAUCCCUCAAUCCGAUAACGAAUCCAAUCACCAAUCCUAUUCCAAACCCCAUCACUCCCAUGUCCGACAUGGUUACGAUCCCAAGAGAGGUGCUUGUGAAGCUUAUUGAAAACAAUCCUCCUCGAGUGAAUUGCACUUGCCAAUGUACAUGCGGUCGUUAUCCACCAGGUUGCGCUAUAGUAGAUGAAGUUACGAAAGAUCUUUUGGCUGCAGGAAAUAAUUCAGCUUCUACAAGUAAUACGACCGUAAGCAACAGCGUUGAAAACAAGGAAGAAGCAAAGCUUGAAAGUGCCGAAGAUUUUCAUAUGAAUGGUUUGCUUCCGUCGGAUGAGUCAAGCGUUCAAUGGUUGAAUGCUUGUGCACCGACAGUUGAUCCAAGGGCUGUAGUGGUGAGAAUUUACUUAUGUUUGUGA